AUGCAACUCCCACAAUCGCUGCUGAGGGUCAAAGAGACUCUCUCCCGAUUUGUGGAACAAUACAAUAGAUUUGGAAGAAGAGUGUUCGGACCCAAGGUGUUAUUAGGUUAUUUGGUGAUUUUGAAUUUAUUUAUUUAUUUUGAUAGAGGAGUAGUUUCUGGUAUUCUCGAUAAAUUAGAAAAGAAGUGGGAUCUAUCUAAAAGUGAGCAGGGUGCUCUUGGAUCAGCCUUUAUGAUCGGCUACAUGAUAUUUGGUCCAAUUUUUGCACAACUAGCUGUUAAAAUUCCUCUAAAGUUUGUCAUGUUUAUUGGACUAGUGAUAUGGGCAUGUGUGACUAUUUUUUGUGGAUUCACAGGAAUUAUCAGUGCCAAAGCUGGCUAUUUUUUGCUGGCUGCGUGUCGUUGCAUGGUGGGUGUUGGUGAAGCGGCCUACGCACCUGUAGCCCCGACCUUACUUGACGAUGUAGCUCCUGUGAAAUAUAGAACAAUUUAUAUGGGAGUUUUCUAUCUGGCCAUGCCUGUUGGUAUUGCUUUGGGUUAUGGUGUGAGCAGUCUUAUUGCCUCCUUCUUGGAUUGGACCGUUGUGUUUAUUGGAGAAGGUAUUGCAAUUGUUCCUUUUGCUUUUCUUCUCUUAAUGAUUCCUCCAUCAGAUCAAUACAGAAAAGACAGAAUUGAACGAGAGCAAAGUGAACGUAUUUUGGGUGAGAAUAACUCACUUUUGGAAAAGAGAGAAGAAAACAACUCUCAGGUCAGUGUUGAAAAUUCUGAGAGUCAAGCGAAUAUUGUGACUGAAACAGAUGUCACAAGUCAAGUCGAUGGCAAUGAUCCAGAAGAGGAUAGACACUACAAUCUGUUCCAAGCAAUUUACCAUCUUAUUCAGAAUCCAGUGUACAUGUUUGCAUUGAUGGGUUACACCAUGUAUACCUUUGUAAUUGGUGCUCUCGCUUUUUGGGGACCUACUCUUGUUUCUAAAACUCUCUUCAUUCCAAUGUAUGCUGCAAGUUUGGCCUUCUCAGCUGUGAGCGUUGUUACAGGAAUUAUUGGAUCGAUAGUUGGAGGUAUUAUUUUGGACAAAAUUGGAGGAAGUAAGGGCAUGGCUGGAAGUGCUAGAGGAUUAAUGUUGUGUGCAAUCUUUAUUUUUGUUGCACUUUUGAUUGGCUUUGGUGCCUUUUCGACGAACAUUAUUGCUCUCUAUUUUAUCUUGCUAUUUGCAGCAGAGUUUUUCAUAUUUUGCAUCACAAGUCCUGUGAAUGUUGCCUUCUUGUCAGUGGUCUCAACAAACCUUAGAAAUUUCAGUAUGAGCUUCCAAAUUUUUGUCAUUCAUGCCAUUGGAGACUUCCCCUCUCCAUAUGUGAUGGGUUGGUUUGCGGAUUACAUUGGAAAGAAAAAUGGCCUCAAAGUUAGUAUUCUCUUCUUGUGGUCGAUAUUGGCAUUUAGUGUCAUCUUCUUUUUCUUUGGAUUUUUGAUUGCACGAUCUAAGGCAAAGAUGGAAGAAAAGCGACAAGCAUUGCUCGACUUGAAGAAGGAAAGUUAUCAAAGAGAAAAAUCAGAACUUUAA